AUGGUAGCGAUGGUUGGGACAAGACGACAUAAGUCGCGAGUGCAGUUGCGGUGCAUUUGCGUACGCGCUCGAAACGGCGCUGUUGAGGCAGCAGUUGGGACUGAGUUGGGACCACCGCAGCGAUGGAUAGUGCCGGGCCACGCUCCACCGAAGCGCCACGAGGGAGCCGCGAUUCUCUAUGGACCAAUGAAAUACGACCAUGCGAUUUGUUUAGAGAACUACUCGACGCCGCUUUGCCUGGAACUUUACACUGGCAGUGGAGAACAUGCCGAAACGUUGAAGGAACCAAUGUUGAAUCCACAAGCUGCCGUCGCCUUCGACGGCUCAACAAUGAAGUAUACGGUGGUUUCGGAUAAGAAUCUUCUCGAAGAAGCUGAUGAAGGAAUGACGCUAGAUCAGGACGGAAAGGACUUAACUCUACUCCAGUUCUGCAAAACAGUUGAAGAAGCUGAAGCAGCUUGCGAAUACCGUACUGCACAGCAAAGUAGCUCCAAGUCUCAUGGUGACUGUGGAAUGGCAAGGAUUGUGUUCGAUGCAAAAGGCGAUGCAAUGUCGGAAUACUCAGUGGAGCAUUCAGAUACUUCUUCUCCGACUGAACCGGCAUAUGAAGAAGGCAAGGAUGGCGCUGAUGGUUUAGAUGAGGUCAACAUGGAGUUCUUCCGCGAGGUGUUAAUGAGCAUAAUACGCGAAACAGACCUGGACAUAGCACAUCUUAAGAAUCGAAAGGAUAUGUUUCAACAGUUGUACGUCCAAUAUUUUGGUACUGGACCAGAUGGCUCAAUAACCGAUGACGGUGAAGAUCACAGUCGAGCCUUAACGCGCAAGCUGGGCUCGAAAUUUCUGCGUCGAAUAUCGAGUAGGAUCGUUAAACCAAGUGAAUUAUUCAGUCAUUUCGAUCGUUUAGCAGAGAACAGAAAACGACGAGGAACCUACGCUGAGAAGGAAAAAGAAAGACGCAUCCCUAAGCGCUCACGCUAUGACGAUGACGAAGACUGGGCGGAAGAAGGAGCUGUUACUGGAUCGUCCGGGCAUGUAGGUCGUGCCGGUAAAGUAAUGCGUUACCCAUACAUUUCUCAAGAGGAGGAGCAGCGCAUUCUACUGCAGUCGAACAUGUCAGCUUCAGCAUACGCGCAGAAUUUGGCUAAAGUGCUAUUUGCUGACACUCUUGACCUUUACUUCAAGGAUCAAGAUCAGUCCAAAAGACAGUGGAUUCAUGAAGCGGUAGACUUCCGUUUCCCCUCUCAUGAUAGAAAUGCUCAGCUUCUGAAGUGGAAGAACUGUUCGCAGGCAAUUAACAAGAAUAUGCGGAUAUCCGAACGCGGUGCUCCAGAUGGAGAGAAGGGAAAGCGUAAGCAAGUUGAAUGUACGUACGUUAGUGCCGAAUAUGAGAACGAAUGCUACCGCAAGGCAAAUAGAGAUCCAGUGAAGUAUGCAGAAUUGAUGUCAUUGAAGCUUUUUGAAGGGUCUUGGGACAAAUUCUUCAAGGAGCAGGAUCCGAAAAUGAAAGACUGGCUUCGUGAAUGCGUAGAUCGGAGGUUCUUCCUCAAUGAUAAGGCAAAGAGGGAUCAGAGAUGGAAGAUUUGCGCAGCUGCUUGCAACCGAAACAGAACUAAAAUUGUCGGUAAAGAUGGCAAAGAGGAAGAAUAUCCAUAUUUUCCAAAAGAGGUAGAGGAGAAAUGCUAUCAAGACGCUAAUGGUGUUCCUUAUGUAUACGCUGAAGCAAUGGCCAAACUACUGUUUCCAGACACACCACAUUUGUUCUUCAAGGAACAGGAUCUCGGAAAGCGAAAUUGGUUGCAUGACAUUUUAGACCGUCGUUUCCCAACACCUGAUAAGCUACAUCAAAUAGCGAAAUGGAAAUCGUGUACAACGGCUAUUAACAGGAACAAAACCGACAAACCAUCCGUAGGACACAUUACCACGGCAAAUGCGAAACACUCUGAACUAACCAACAGCACAAAACCUUCAAAGAAAGAACAUAACAGCAGCGCAAAACCAACGGAAAAGAAGGACCAAGCGAAAGACAAAGAUUCGAAGAAAAAGAGAGAUCAAGGAAAAGAAGAUGGUGACAUUAAACCAAAUAUUAUGGUUCGUAAAAAUGCGGAAAAGGAAAGGACGGAAGAAGCAGGUUCUAGUCUCGUUAAAGAAGAUAUGCCAAAAAGAGAACGAGAAAGUAGUCGUAUCAGUGCUCGUGCCAAGAACAGACCGGAACCCUACACCUCCUAUCCGUUUGUGUCAGAAGAAGAAGAAAUCGAGUGUUUUGAAGCCAGUAAGAAGGACGUGGAAACAUAUGCACGAUCACUGGCGCGCAUUCUUUUUAAAGACAACUUGAAGGCCCUGUACAAGGAUCAAGAUGAAGAUCGUCGAGUAUGGCUGGAAGAAGUAGUUGAUUUCCGGUUUCCCACUUUUACAGCGGUUGAGACAAAGUCUAAAUGGGCGCAUGCCAUAAAAGCAAUAAAUAAGAACGCAGGUGCUCACUAA